CGAUCAUGUUAUUGAUCACCAUGUCGGCGUAGAAGGAAAACAAAACCCAGAAAACCAGCCGGAUCAGAAACGGAGUGUUUAAGAUGUCAGGAGAGGAGGAGAGGGGGGUGGUCCGGGUCAAAGUCAAGAAAUGUGACGGGGUGCUCCCUGUGGAGUUUCGCUCCUUUGCUGUUGAUCCUCAGAUAACAUCGCUGGAGGUCCUGCAGCACAUCCUGAUCAGAGCCUUUGAUCUGAACGGAAAACGGAAUUUCGGGAUCAGUUACCUGUCUCGAGAUCGGAGCGGUGCUGAAAUGUAUACUUCUCUGCUAGCUGACUGGGACUUGGAUGUUGCAUUUGUCAGUGCAGCCAAACCAUAUUUGCAGCUCAAGAUGGACAUAAAACCUUCAGAAGACAGUCCUGUUAUGGAGGACUGGGACAUCAUAAGCCCCAAAGACGUGAUUGGCUCUGAGCAGCUGCUGGCAGAAAGGACCAGGUCUCUGGCUUCUGCAGCUCUUCCCUUCACCCAGUCUCUACUGUCCCAGGUGGGCCGCACCCUGACUAGAGUCCAGCAAGCCUUCAGCUGGUCUUACGGGGAAGAGAUCAAGCCUUUCAAGCCCCCUCUGAGCGACGCCGAGUUUCACAGUUACCUCAACGGGCAGGGCCAGCUGACACGACCCGAGGAACUCAGACUGCGCAUCUACCAUGGUGGUGUGGAGCCUUCACUGCGCAAGGUUGUUUGGCGUUACCUCCUGAACGUCUACCCCGAUGGACUAAGUGGACAAGAGAGAAUGGACUACAUGAAGAGGAAGACGAGGGAGUAUGACCAGCUGAAGAGAGAGUGGACAGCCCGGGCCUGCCACGAGGACCUGGAGUUUAUCCGUGGAAAUGUUCUAAAAGACGUCCUGAGGACAGACCGAGCUCAUCCGUACUAUGCAGGGUCUGAAGACAGUCCGCAUCUGACAGCCCUCACAGACCUGCUCACCACGUUCGCCAUCACACAUCCACAGAUAUCGUACUGUCAAGGCAUGAGUGAUAUUGCCUCUCCUAUACUUGCGGUAAUGGACAAUGAGGCACAUGCCUUCAUUUGCUUUUGUGGCAUCAUGAAACGGUUGGAGGGGAACUUUCGGCCAGAUGGGCAGCUCAUGUCUGUUAAGUUCCAGCAUCUAAAGCUGCUUCUGCAGUACUCGGAUCCUGAAUUCUACUCUUACCUCGUGUCCCGAGGAGCUGACGACCUCUUCUUCUGUUACCGUUGGCUGCUUCUGGAGCUCAAGCGAGAGUUUGCAUUUGACGAUGCUUUAAGGAUGCUCGAAGUAACUUGGAGCUCCCUGCCCCCGGAUCCCCCUGAAACAGAAGUGGAGCUUCUGGGACCUCCAGUGGAAACCGGUGAAACGGUGUCCUGCAGGGACAAAGUUGAGAAGAAGACGCUUGAGAAUGGCCUCAGAGAUGAUAAGGAACAAAAACAGAAGCAGCGCAAACGACAUAUGCUGAGGCCUUCAAGAGAAGAACCAGAUGUGAGCAGGAAUGCCGUCAUAGAAGAGAAAGACAGAAGAAAUGGGGGCGCUGUAAAGGGAAGCGAGGCUGGUGAAUAUGAUAGUCAUCCAUUGACCGUGGAAAGGCCAGAUUUACAGGCUCCUCCUUUUGAGAGACAGACUAGUUUCGGGGAGUUUAAAUACUAUACUGCCCGAAGUGAAGAGAGCUUUCAUAUGGAGGUUGCUGAGCAGCCACAAGGUUUGGUGUCUCCCAAGUUAGUAACAAGUAUAGUGAGGCGUCAGUCCACAGUUGAUAGUGAGGAGGACACAGGAGAGAGAACUCCUCUCAUUAAAAACUGUGGCAAUGGUUUCUCUCCAAUGUCAUCCCCUCCUCUCUUUCCUAGUGGCCUGCCCAUCUGGAAAACUGGCCCCUCUGUCUCCCCCACAUCUUCAGCUUCACCCUCCAGCUGGCCAGGUGCUUCUCCAGACUCUCCCCCAAAAACUGCAUCCCUAUCCACAACCAAUGGAAGCGAGGCCUUACCCAGAACUGUCCCAAAAGUAUCGACCUCCUCUGCCCAAGUGCUCGGCAGUACAGGGAUUAACUCCCCCACCACCCCCACUGUAAAAACAUCUGUCGCAUCUCCGAUCCACACCCGUUCCCUCCUCUCUUCACCCAUUUUGUCCUUUGGAAGAGGCCCCUCACUGUCCGGCAGCAGGUCGUCCUCCAACAAUCUCCCGUCGCCUAGCAACAAAUCCCCCAGCACCGCAGCUAACACACCCAACUCUUCAAAAGCUGAGACCACCAGCAUCAAACCGUGUUCCCUGCCGCCACCUCAAGAGUUCGGCAAAGGCAACCCCUUCAUGCUGUUCCUGUGCCUGUCCAUCCUGCUGGAGCACCGAGACCACAUCAUCAAGAACAGCUUGGAUUACAACGAGCUCGCCAUGCACUUUGAUCGCCUCGUGCGGCGCCACAACCUGAGCAGGGUGCUACAGCGAGCCAAGGCUUUGUUUGCAGACUACUUACAGAGUGAAGUGUGGGACUCAGAAGAAGGGGACGAGGUCAGCUCAGACUCUCCAACAACAGCCACGGCUGCUCCACACUCCCCUUCUUCAACCAUCUCCGCCAGGCCCAUUUACAGCCCUUUAACAUCGCCACAGUCAUCGUCUCCGAACUCUACCUAUAACCUGGCAACCACCAUUCCCUCCCCAACAGCUCAAGUUUCUCUUUCUCCCACUUCGUGACUCCACCAUACAUCCUUGGAUUCCCAUCCUCUGUGAACUCCUCGGCAGACUGUGGCCCAUUGGAGGCGUGGUUCUUUUUUAGACCGACUCCCCCAUUGAAAUGGGCUGUUAAUGAUAUUCUCAUUCUGUGUAUGCUUGAAUACAUAUAAUCCUUAUCUCUGUAAACAUCAUGAUAUUUCUUUUUUUUUUUAUUAUCAGCAAUUCAAGUUUAGCCGUUUUCUUCUCUGUCCUUGAAGCUGGGAUGAGAGUGCUUCAUUUCUUAUAUUACCUCAUAGUUUGGUAGUUUGGUUAGAUGUUCAGACAGUUUGGCAGAACCAAGUGGGUGCAUUUAGCCUGGGUUGCCCUUUUUAUGAACUUUGUUUACAAGCUCCUGUUUGUCCAAUUAGCCACAAAAGUGUCUUAACUUAAGCACUCGAGUUACAUUAUUUUAAACUUAAGGGAAAGCCUGUACCCCUGGUGUCAGUCUGUCACACAGUAAACUGAGGACCACACUUGAAAUCAAGACAAGGCCAGCUAACCUUCCUGACCUAGCCUGUCACCAUUAACCUUAAAGGGUAAACCAACAGUACAUUAACAUAGUUGUUAGACACUCGAUACAAAAAAUAUGUUUUUUAAGAUCAUAGUUAACUUUUGCCCUAUGGUUUGACUAGGUAGCAGUAUGUUACCAAGUCUUGAAGCAACAUAGAAUGAUGAGGUCAUAAUAGUGAUUAGUGGUCAAAAAUGUAUACAUAAAUAUAUUAUAAUGGCAAAUAUAUUGCCAUGACAAUAAUAUACAUCUUCUGUGAAUUCGCUGUAAAUACAAUAUAUUAGAACAAUUCAACCUGUAGAGACAAGUAAAGCAGCGUUUUUUUGACCCAUGUAACACAUUUUACCGUUUAAUAAGUCCACGAAAGCCUUAACAGGAAAGAAUGAGGAUAUCUGAGCCCACUGACAAACUGCAUUAAGAAAAAUGCUGCAUAUUUAGAAGUUUUCUGUGGCAAUGGAGAAACUUGAAUCAAAUGUAAAGUGAAUUUUAGGAGUGGCGUGAUUGCAUACAAAUCAACAGAAUGACACAGAUUCACCUCAGGGGGCAGGAACUGGUGCAAGGACAUCAUUGUUUCCACCUGAGUGAAAAACUUCCCCACAGACAUGAUCUGAUCUGUCUUUUGAUAUAGUACAAAACUUUUUUUUUAAAGAUCCAAUUGGUGGCUUAAAGGCACUGUUGCCUCUGCUUUUUAAUCUAACAUGUCCCUGAAUAUUUUAAAAGACAAAUGGUCGAUCACUUAUAGAUUCCCAAAUACACCAUUAAAAUUUGAUGCUGUAGAUUAGCCAAAAUGAAUAACUGUGUCCGCUGUACCCUGCCAUCUGUUGCCAUUUCUGCUAUCACCAAAACAAAAUGUUCUAAAGGUUUAAUGUCGCUUGAAUGCUUAAUGCUUCGGUAAAAAGUGGUUACAUGUUUUUGUUUUUUUUUCCCAAGUGCAGUAUAGGUAAGGUGAGAUAGAGUGGACCUGUGUGUGGAAGGUUUUAAGCUAUGUUUAAACAGCUUGAGUGCAAUGAGUAUCUGUCAGUCAUGUUCAUAUGAGCGAUUGAAUUUAAUUUAAUUUAAAAAGUUUUGCACAUUCACAGGUGUUUAUUUUUAGGGCCUGAGCACUAACAUGCCAGGGGCCCAGCAGCCCCUUUCACUGUCAGUGUGAGGAAGUUAUUGUGUUAGUAGAGAUUAUUGUUAAGGCCUGAGCACCAACCAGCUCUCAGACCCAUAUGUUAAACAGUAAUGUGCUUUAAUGAACUUCUCCUAGAGAUUUAACCUGACCUACUUGGCCAGUGCAAUCUUAAGACCUUUAUGUUAAGAAGUUUAACUUUUCUUGGAAUGCUGUCGUCGUAGCCUGAGAGACGUUUCGCCAUGAAACGGGAAGUUGUAACUGGGAUGUCCGUGUCCAGUCUGCCCCAAACUUCUCCUGCUUGAUUAGAGUCCAGCUCUGAGACAUUUCAGUACUGACUCAUAGUUCUAGUGCCACCUAGAGUAGGAAGUUAUUGUUAUACGUUGGUGUACUUCCCUUAACAGGGUCACCAGAUCUAUUUGGGUCAGUUAAAUGACUGACUUUUCAUGGACUGCUGUUGCUGUGCGACGGAUAAUUCGCCAUGAAAUGGGUAACUUCAUUCUGAUGAGCUAGGGAUGCUUGCAGUGGCGGUUCUAGACCAGUUCUACUGUGGGGGCCAAGCAGGGGCCAGUGUUUAAUCAGAGGGGCCCAUUAAAAAACGGCAAAGAUGAUAUUUAAGCAUCCAACACCUUUAUUUUAGCUCAUUUAAAAAUCUUAUUUAAGUAUAUUUGGAAGAUACAAAUACGCUGAUUGAAACAAUGAGACUUACCAACAAUAAUUAUUUUUGCACGACAAUAACAUUUCUCAUUUUUGUGCACAAUUACUUUUUUUUAUUUUGAAAGUGCAGUACAGUGAGAAUGAUCUUCUUUUAUAUACACAAGCUUUUAUUGCACAAUUCAACUAUUAUACAAUGUACACAUUCGGGGUUCCUUUUGUGUACAAUGAGAUAUUGUUUGAACAAAAAAUAGGUAAAAAUUGUUCCGUCGUCCAUCGUUAUAAAUUGAUAAUUGAAAUAUUAAUUUGACACAGGGGCCACAGCAGGGGCUUCUUCACAGGGGCAGUGGCCCCUGGAGGCCCCUGACGAUGGUGCCUUGACGAUGGUGAAUUGGCUCAAUAUCGUGAACAGUUUUCAAAGUCAAAGCCUCCCUUUAAAUUUGACUUAGAUAAAGGAAAUUUGAUAGGCUGAUGUAUAGAUGCAUUAAAAACAAGAUGCUUGGUGCUAUAUAUACCCUAUGCCCAUACAGUCAGACAGUUCUAAUUUACCAUGCAACUUUGGUGCUUUUCUUGCUGUCUCCAGGCUCUGAACUUUGAUCAGUGCAGUCUAAAGACCUUCAAUGAACAUUUGUUAAGGUUGAGUUUUCAGCAACAUUGUUGCUGGAGCAAGGCAGCAGAGUAAUGAAAAAUUUCACAUGCUGGAUAAUAAUUCAGGCAUGAGGACACCUACACCAUCAUAAUCAUAAUCAUAGUGUGACCUACUGAGAACAGGAAGUCAGGUCAUCCAGUUUACAUGGUGUGGGCGACACAUGACGUAGAGCAUCAUGAUAUAAAUAGUGAGUCUCUAGUACCACAAGGUGGACACAGGAAGUGUUAUUUAACUGCUUCAGGCAGUGUCCAGUAGUGGUGAAGCGUCAGAGUCAGCCCACCUUAACCAACAGAACCUGCAUUUUAAUUAAUUAAAUCUGCAGGCGAAAGUGUAGGUUUUCUGUUGAGAUUAUUUUGAUUCUGCAAUCUAAUUUUGGUAAUGUGGGAUGCUAAAAAGGCAAAGUUCUGCAGUGACUGGACGUGGGCGGGGCUAGCGGGCUCCAUAGCAGAACCAAAUGCAUGGCAAUGCGGGUUAAAAGUUCUUGUUUAUUGUCACAUAAUUUGGUGAGAUCAUUGCUCUCAUCAUGAGGAACAUAUUACAUUUUGUUUUUGAGUCAAUUGUUUUAUUCCUGCUUUUUUGUUUUUUCAACUUGAAUGUGACUGAGUCAAUAACAACAGGCCUGCUUUCUGAAGUCUGAUACCAAGAACACAUGGGACUGUUUAUGUUUUCAGUUAUUCAUGAAAUAAAGUCUGAAUCCAGUCGUUGGUAGAGAGAACUCCAACGUUAAAUCAGGACAAAGUAAAACAUUUAACCCUUGUUAGUCCUCCCAUCGACUAUGCACCCAUGGUCCUCAGGGGGCGAAAAGGACCCCAUGACACAAGACUGGUUUUAGGACAACUUAACAACUUAUUUUUUUCAGCUUUUAA